AUGCCGCAACGAUCUCUCCAACCUCCGUUGACGGUCCCGGCGUCGUUCGUGGCCAAGAAAUCUCAGAUUCUAUCACUUCUCACACGGCCCGGGGACGACUACAGCGACAAGUCGCCCAAGGGGACAGUCGACCAUCAGAUCCGAGGACUCAUAGAUGAGAUCAACGCCUACGACGGCCUCGUGACGACGAGCAGUUGUGCAGGUCGCGUGGCCGUGUUUGUCGAGGGGCCGAAAGCGACGGUGACGGAGGAACCCGGAGAGGAAGUGGAAGAUGGCCUUGGAACGGGGAAAGAUUCGAAGCAGACGACACCAGGACCCGGAGACUCUGCGACUGCGACGACAACGACAACGACAACAACAACGACAUCGGCAUCACCCGGAGGCAAAGGUGGUGGGAGUUGGCUAUAUGUCUCGCAUGAUCCUAUCGGACCGUUAGGCCAAGUCCGUGAAAGUGAUGAUCACAGCGGCCACGCGAGCGAAGAACCUUCAUCAUCGAAUUCUCCGCCGCGAGGAGAUUUCACGACUCUGUUCAAUUUGACGUCGAUGUCCACAUCCAACACGCAUUCCACGCCACUACCACUACCACUCAACAACGACGACGACCACACGAGGCCGACGUUAAGAUCGAAGUCGAAAUCGAAAAGUCCCAGACUCAUCCAUCUCACGUUCUCGCCUCUGAUAUUACACAUCCACUGCGCCACUCUGCGGCACGCACGCCCCGUCGUGGCCGCCGCCAUCAACUCUGGGUUUCGCGAGAGUGGCGUACAGAGUCUCCGGGUCCUGGACGAUCCCGAACACGGCGUGAUGGUCGCGGUGCGUACGGCCGGGUUGGCAUUUGAGACUGUUGUUGGUGUUGUCGUUUCUCCCCCUGACGCCGCAAGAAGCGACGAGGACGAGAACGAGAACGCGAACGCGAACGAGAACGCACCCGGUGGACCAACCGGUGAAAACGCCACAUCGAAUCAACCGUCAACGUCGACGUCGACGAUGACUAUGAUGCAAAGUAUCGUCAGCGAAGACUACCUUGCCAUGUGCGCGGGGAUGGUCAACGAGCGGUUCAGAUGGAACGAAGAGCGAAGAGAGAGAUUUCGAACCGAAUUGAAGCGAGCAAUGGCGAAGGAGGGGUUCGAAUGCGGAUCAGGAUCCGGAUCGACACCUGCGUCGUCAGGGGAGCCCAGGGCGUGGGAAGACAAAGAGGCGCGACGCAGGAGGAAGAGAGAGGAAGGGCUAGAGAGAUCGAGACGGAAGAGGGAGCUGCCACGAGUAGAGAAAGAAACCUGGAGACCCGAAUCACCGAUACUCUAA